AAUCCAGUGGUAGAACAAAAGCUGUUGGAAGAUUAUGAUCUGGGACAAUAUUUGAAAGAACGUGUUAUUCCACGUGCCGUCACAUAUUUCACCGGUGAGGCAUUGGACUUAGACAAUGAGGUUGACGACCCUGAUGAAUUUCCGGAUGAUGAUCUUGAUGACGAAUCGGACGAGGAUGUGGAUGACGGUGAAGAACCGUGA